AUGGUCACCACCUGGAAACUGAUGCUCAGCAAACACAAACCCGCAGAGUUCACAGACGGAGAGCACAUUUACAGUGCAUUCAACACCACACAUAUGAACACACAUAUUGAGCACAUAUGGCUGAAACCAAAGGCUGCACAGGAAUCCCAGUUUGACCAAAACAGCCUCAUGACGUGCAAAUCAGCGUUUAAUCUGCUGUGCCGCACGCCGGACAGGACUGGGGUACAGGCUGAAGCAGUGGUCAGAGGCACACUGCUGGGGAAGCUCUUGAGCUCUGGUAAUGAUGAGCAUGCGAGGACGCUGCUGGAUUCCGUCCUUCAUGACAGCGCGGGAAACCCGGAGGGCCUUUAUGACGUCAUCGCAGCUGCGUUCCUUUCCCCCGAUGACGAAACGAGCUCCGUCACUCAGCGCUGUGUCCUCGCCUGGCUGCAGGAGCACGAGGGAUGUUUGGGUGAAGUGUGCAGGUCUCUGUCCCCCGGGCUUUGCGCUGUCCUCUCCCGACACUCUUGCGAGUUUAAGCAGGCAUACUGCGGGGUUUUGAAACGCUGGGCGUCCUGCUUGGAGUAUGACGUCUUGGAGAGUCUAUGGGUGCCGACAUCAGAUGAGCCGGUCACCUUUAGUGCACUGACUGAUCGAUUCAAAGAGGUAUUAAAUUCAGGACCAGCAUUAAAAGAGGAGACAGAAACUGAACUCAAAACACUCAAACGGGAAGCUGGAGACUUUAAUGUAACAGACAUUAGUAUAUGGACUGAUCUAAUCAUUCAGCUAAAGCUGUAA